AGAAGCAGAAGCAGAGGACUGGACUGAAAUGGAAUGGAAUGCUAUGAUGCCGCCACCGUCGUCGCCCCUGACGUACGCACCCACACCAUCCGCCUCAAGUCCUUCUGCCUGACUGGCCGCCCCCAUGUCGCAUUGCGCCUCUUGCGCACGUUGCCGGACCGUGGCUGUGAUGCCAGAGCGGUCGCCUAUGCCCAUGGACACGGAACCUGUUCGAUGAAAUGCUCGGUAGGCAUGUCUUCCCUAACGUUGCUACUUUCAACAAGGUUUUGCACGCUCUUUGCCACAAAGGGGAUAUCAUGGAGUCCGGCGCACUUGUAGCCAAGGUCCUCAAGCGGGGGAUGUCGGUGAACAAGUUCACCUACAAUAUAUGGAUCCGGGGGCUCUGCGAAGGCGGCAGGUUGGGUGAGGAUGUUGCACUCGUGGAGGUGAUGGACGCCUACAUCGAGCCAGAUGUUGUAACUUACAACACAUUGAUACGCGGACUUUGUAAGGAGUCCAAGGUCCAGAAAGAUGCCAUUGUGAAAGGAUACCUUCCGGAUGUGUUUACCUUCAACACAUUGAUUGACGCGCACUGCAAGAGAUUGAGGCUGGAUAGUGCACUUCAGCUUGUUGAAAGGAUGUGGACAUAUGGCAUCACCCCAGAUGCUAUCACAUACAACUCCGUUCCAAAUGGUCUCUGCAAAGCUGGCAAGGCUAAGGAUGUCAACGAAACAUUCGAAGAGAUGAUCCUUAAAGGAUGCCGACCAAAUGCUAUUACGCCAAACAUACUGAUAGAGAAUUUUUGCAAGAUCAAUAAACUGGAAGAGGCUUCUGUGGUAAUAGUGAGGAUGAGUCAAGAAGGGUUAGUUCCUGAUGCAGUUAGUUUCAACACACCGAUUCAUGGAUUCUGUAGGAAUGGUGAUCUUGAUGGAGCGUACCUACUGUUUCAGAAGUUGGAUGAGAAAGGGUACACUUUCAACAGCUGACACUUUCAAUAUCCUGAUGGGUGCAUAUUCAAGUAAGCUGAAGAUGCAAAUGGCUGAAAAGAUUUUUGAUGAAAUGGUCAGCAAGGGAUAUACACCUGAUUCAUAUACUUAUCGUGUUCUAAUUGAUGGGUCAUGUAAGGCUGCGAAUGUUGACCGUGCGUAUGUGCAUCUGGUAGAAAUGAUAAACAAGGGUUUUGUUCCAUCGAUGGCAACUUUUGGCCGUGUAAUAAAUUCACUUGCAGUGAACCAUCGGAUUUCUGAAGUUGUUGCUAUUAUUCACAUCAUGAUGAGAAUUGGAGUAGUUCCUGAGGUUGCUGCACCGAAGAUACUUGUUGAGGACUUGAUGAGGAAGGGACACAUUAGUUACCCUACUUACGAAGUUCUGCAUGAAGGAGUGAGAGAGAUAACAAAUUAACUAGAAAAGCUCGAAAGACAAAAUAUGUUUAAUAUGGUUUCUUCAGAACAUCAGUGAAAAAUGAACUCAUUAAGCCAAUACAGUUUUGAUGCAUCCAAGCAUAAGAUGUGCUUAUGCUAUUAGUUGAGUUGUCCAGAUUUCUGUAUGCAGCUGUACAUUGUUGCUUCAGGGCUUCUGUGAUCAGAAUAUUGAGACCAUCUGUCCCUAAAUGCAGGAAUACAAAGGUUUGACGUUAUGAAGGCCCGUGGCAGUUCAAGAUAAUGAUAAGGAGCUACAUCAUUAUUAUACUCCCUCCAAUUGUAAAUGUAUGACAUCCAAGAAAAUGUGUAGUCAAAGAAUAACUCUUUGGAUUGGUCAUAUGGACCUAGUAUCAUUAGAUUUGUCGUGAAAAUUAUUUUCAUAAUAUCGUGAAUUUACAUUUUUUUGUUAUCAUUUUUAUAUAAAAAGUAGUGGUUAAAGUUUGUAUAUUGGAGUCAUAUGGAUGUCCAAAAUGUCAUACAUUUACGAACGGAGGGAGUACUCUAUAGAGUAUGUCAGGUUAGCUACAAUUCCUUUUAAUUCUGAAUGUCUGAGAAAUGGCUCUACUCUAUGCAGUUGCUGUUGACAGGUACUGCAGUAUUUAAAGUCGAUUUUAAAAGGCGCACAUUAUUCAUAAGAGAUGUUGGUGGAAUUGUGAGUAAUUUUGCUCUUUCCUUUGACUUGCUUAAGCUCCGCAUAUUUCAUGGAUAGUGCCCUCAUCCUCAUCUAUCCACUUAUUUGAACGCAGUUCCACUAUACGUAAAUAUUUGAGUGGCAUUGUUAGUUACUCUGUAAAUUACAAAAUACAUGCUCAAAAACAUUUAACAUGUGUCAAGAUUCUGAACUACCUCCCUCCUGUUGUUGGUGCUUGUAUAUGUUUUUACGAGGUCGGUGCUUUACUUCUGUAUAGGGUUCUUUGGCUAAUUAUCAAAGAAACAAAUCGUGAUGUUCUUGAAAUUGUUCUUGCUUUUCAAGAAGAUCCUUGUAUCUGUUUUUCUUUGUCCGUUUGUUCUUUUUUGGGGGGUGGGGAGGCAAGAGGUUCACCGUUCAAUUAAGAAGGAUGAGAGGCAUCCUUAUGUUCGUCAUCAUCAGUAUUUCCGAGAUAGAAGCACUGAGCUUGGGAAGGAGGUUGAGGCAAGAUCAUGAAGUGAAUUGCCAAGGCUCUACUGCAACCAAGCAUCGGUGUUCUCUAGUCUCGACCUGGCUGUCACAGGAUCGAGUGAUACAUCUCACUGUAAAGUUGUUCCAUUGAUUUGCUUUAUGUAACCAAUGUUUAGCUAGAAGCAUCUCUGGCUUACUAGUCAUGAUAACACUUAGUUAUGCCUGUAAUAUUGUUGCACAUCGAGUCUAGGAUGACAUGUAUUUGCAAUUAGAGGGAGCGGUAUGUAUCUGCAAUCUA